GUAGAGCAGGAGCGCGGGGGAGCGCGGCGGCGCCUCUGCCACCAAACUCCUGGGGCUCCGCGGUGUUCGGAGCCAUCUCCUCCCUAACCCUCUCACCAGGCUGCAGCUUUACUUUUUCCUCGUCUUUCUUUUUCUUUAAAAAAGCACAUUUGUCUCCUCUUUCUCUUUCUCUCUUCUGAUCACCGCAGCCCGGACCUUCCCGGACUCUUCUCUCCGGGGCUGCCCAUCCCUCCGGCUGCCCGUGAGGACGCGCGCCCAGCGUUGGGCAAAGCAAAGAAGAAAAACUUGUCGGAGGGGUUUCUCCAGCCUCCACUAAUUCCCCCCCCCCUUCUCCCGCGAACCCCAACAACCCGCCGGGGCCAGCCCUAAGUCUGGGAAAGUUCCUCCGGUGCUCAGCGCCCUCUUGGAUCUGCACGGCACCGGUGCUGGCUGUGGAAUUAGAUCUGUUUUGAACCCAGUGGAGCGCGUCGCGGGCGCUCGGAAGUCACCGUCCCCUGGAGCCCGGGUGGCGCUGCUUGCGAGAACCCGGGAGUUUGCCAGCCCGGCUGCAAGUGACCUUUCCUCCCCACACUUGCUGGUACUGUGUCGGCUGAGGACUGCGAGGGUGGCAAGUUGAGAAGAGAGCCCCCGAAGUUCGGAGAGGGCUGGGCUGCCCCUCCUUCGCUCGUCGCUGUUCUCUGCUACUGGGAGUGAAAGCCUAUUGAAACUGACCAAGGCCUGAGGAUCCCACCCGACACCCACCCUCAGAGCUCGGCCGUUCGCCCCAUCCCCACGGAGAGCCCCGGAGCCCAGGGCGGCAAGGAAAACUCGCGGGGCAGGGGAGGGAGGUCGAGGCAGCGGCAUGGCGAGGUUCACAAGGGCCGACCUGGCCGCAGCAGGAGUUAUGUUACUUUGUCACUUCUUAACCAACCGAUUCCAGUUCGCCCACGCGGAGCCUGGAAACCAAAUCACUGAUUGGAAGUAUGACGUUUCAAAGGCUUUUCCUCAAAGAGAAGAUGGGGUAGAUGUGGAUUCACAAACAUACAGCCACAGGUGGAAAAGAAAUUUGGACCCUUUUAAGGCAGUGGACACGAACAGAGCCGGCAUGGGCCAAGACUCACCAGAGCCCAGAGGCUUCACUGACCUGCUACUGGAUGAUGGGCAGGACAAUGCCACCCAGAUCGAGGAAGACACAGAUCACAAUUACUACAUAUCUCGGAUAUAUGGCCCAGCAGAUUCCGCCAGCCGAGACCUAUGGGUGAACAUAGACCAAAUGGAGAAAGACAAAGUGAAGAUACACGGGAUACUGUCCAACACUCAUAGGCAAGCAGCGAGAGUGAACCUGUCCUUCGAUUUUCCAUUUUAUGGUCAUUUUCUACGUGAAAUCACUGUGGCAACUGGGGGUUUUAUAUACACUGGAGAAGUUGUACACCGAAUGUUAACAGCCACACAGUAUAUAGCACCUUUAAUGGCAAAUUUUGACCCCAGUGUAUCGAGAAAUUCAACCGUCAGAUACUUUGAUAAUGGCACAGCACUUGUUGUUCAGUGGGACCAUGUCCACCUACAGGAUAAUUACAACCUGGGAAGCUUCACAUUCCAAGCAACACUCCUCAUGGAUGGACGCAUCAUCUUCGGAUACAAAGAAAUUCCUGUCUUGGUCACCCAGAUAAGUUCCACCAACCAUCCAGUGAAAGUCGGGCUGUCUGAUGCAUUUGUCGUUGUCCACAGGAUCCAGCAAAUCCCCAAUGUUCGAAGAAGAACAAUUUAUGAAUAUCACCGAGUAGAACUACAAAUGUCAAAAAUUACCAACAUUUCAGCAGUGGAGAUGACCCCACUCCCCACAUGUCUCCAGUUCAAUGGUUGUGGUCCUUGUGUAUCCUCUCAGAUUGGCUUCAACUGCAGUUGGUGCAGUAAACUUCAAAGAUGUUCCAGUGGAUUUGAUCGCCAUCGGCAGGACUGGGUGGAUAGUGGAUGUCCGGAAGAGGUACAGUCAAAAGAGAAGAUGUGUGAGAGCACAGAGCCAGUGGAGGCAUCUCAAACCACCACGACCUCACACACAACGACCAUGCAAUUCAGAGUCCUGACCACCACCAGGAGAGCCGUGACAUCCCAGCUGCCCACCAGCCUGCCCACGGAAGAUGACACAAAGAUAGCACUGCAUCUCAAAGAUAAUGGAGCCUCCACAGAUGACAGUGCAGCUGAGAAGAAAGGAGGAACCCUCCAUGCCGGCCUCAUCGUUGGAAUUCUUAUCCUGGUCCUCAUUAUAGCAGCGGCUGUUCUGGUGACAGUUUAUAUGUAUCACCACCCAACAUCAGCAGCUAGCAUCUUCUUCAUUGAGAGACGCCCAAGCAGAUGGCCAGCAAUGAAGUUUCGAAGAGGAUCGGGACAUCCUGCCUAUGCAGAAGUUGAACCAGUUGGAGAGAAAGAAGGUUUUAUUGUAUCAGAGCAGUGCUAAAAUUUUAGAACAGAGCAGCACCAGUACUGGCUUACAGGUGUUAAGACUAAACUUUGCUUAUACCUUUAAAACAGACAGACACACACCCGCAACCACAACAAAGGAGCCCUAAACUGCUGUAGCCAGGAUGGAGACAAGAUUUCUGGACGAGCCCAGCCCAGGAACAUUGAAAGGAAAACUCAGACUUGUACAAGACACCAUGUACACUGAAUAUAAGAUUCCCUAGUAGAAUGGCAUCCAUGGUUCACGAGGAACAUCUGUGGACUUGCCAGAAGUGUGACAAGAUGACAAUGUUUUUGGUUUAGGUGCAGGGUUGCAAAGGGAUCAAGGAAAGAAUAAUGAUAAUAAAUAAAGCUUUAGUUCACAAGGGAUCUAUACCUUUGGUUCAAAUGUUCUUCUCUGAUGUCUCAAAGAUGACCAUGUUCCAAAGCCUGAAUGCUUUCACUGGAAAGAUCGAUGAUGAAUGUUCCAAGAUCUGCUUGCUCACAGGAGAGCAAAAACCAAACACAAAUGGAGGUUUUUCUUUCUUUUCCAAAACAGACUUUCGGCAAAAGGAUUUUAUUUUUUGCUCUAGAUGCAGUUGUUCCAGCAAGUUCAUUACUUCACAGGAUAAAUCUUUUAUCUAUUCAAAAGUUCACUAGGCCUGCCUCUUCCUUGGUAGUGAACACCCUUUCUGUGAGCUGUGACACAGUUUCCAAAUGUUAAGCUAAGGGCUAGUGAGGAGGGCAUAGCCAGUGAGGUUUUCCAUUCUCUCACUUCAGAAUAAAAUGAGUUUCAUUUUCAGAGGCAGCGUCUCCCCUCCCACCUGGAGCCCCAUGAAGCCUCAUUUGCUCUUGGCUGAUAGAAAUAGACAGAAAUAACAAGGAGAACUGUGUGAUCAUUUUUUGAGACAAAUAUCUUAAGGGAUUUUUGAAUACCCGCCCCCCCCUUUUUUUAAGAUCACCAUGUCUGUAUGACAAACACAUUUCAUUGUCAAUUCCUGUCUAAGAAACUAUUCAAGUCAACAUAUCCCUGGUGAUAGGGGGGAAAAAAGAAUGAAAUAACCCUGCUGAAUCACGCAGCAAUUUUCUUUAAAGCACAUAGUAGUUACAUAAAUAUAUAUAUAUAAAUAUAAAUAUAUUUUGUUUAUAACUAACACAAGGCAGGCUCUUGUGGCUCUAAAGAGUGUAUUUUGUCAUCAAGACAAAACAAAUGCAAGAUGUAUCACUGCAUUCCUUCCACAACAUUGUAAGAUAAUCCUUAAUAUUAGAAUAUUUUUAUGUCACUUCUAGAAGUGGUUCAUUUGGUUGCGGCAUGUAUUAUUUUGCUGCUUAUUGGAUCCACUCUUUCAUUCAUACCAACCCCCUCGCUCCUUGAUUCAAAGAAGCAGUUGUAUAUGUCCCUUGAGUGGAGUUCUCAUUUAUAAUCCGAUUGUAAUCCAAAUUUUGAAAAUUUUCCCUAACUAAAGAAAGGAAAUGCACCAAUUGAGGAGGAAAGUUGUUCAGGUAAACCAUAUAUCUAAACAUGAGUUCAGGUACCGUGGCAUAGAAUUCCACCAAUCACUUGACCUGUAAAACCUUUGUAUUCUGUGCCAAGAAAAAGUCCUGGUUCUUACAAAGUACAACAUUUGCAGAUUCAAGUUUCACAAAGCAAAGAUUCUGAACAGUAGCACUUCACUGACAGUUUAUAAUCUGUGUACAAUGUCUACACUGGACAGCAUCCAUCCUCUAGCAGAAUGUCACGUUAUCAUCCCCAGUUUCUUACAUAGUCGAGGGCUCUUUUCUGUCACAUGUAUUUUGCUUUCCACCUUGGAGGACUUGGUGGUGGUCACUUUUCCCUAAACUCAGCUAAAAGUAUCAGGACACAGAGAUGGGAGAGCCACAUGAUUGUAGGAUGUGAUGACAAUCUGUGCCCCAGUUAUGCUCAAGUUAUGAGAAAUAUCUCAGCUCAUUCUUGUUGGUAUAGUUUUGGUGAGAAAGCAGUAGCCAAAUGACUCGCCAAUGUAACUGGUGCAGCUGGCAUUCUGCAGACACCUAAUGUGCACAUGGACGACUUUCCUUUCAGGAUAAGAUAAGGAUGCUUUCACGAGCUUUGGCAAUAAGCAUGGCUUCCAACAGCAAUGAAUUGGCAGCCACAUAAAUCUCUUUGUAUCUGCAUCUCACUCCUAAUGUAAUUCCUACAAGCAACAAUGAAUUGGCAGCCAUGUAAAUUUCUUUGCAUCUAUAUCUCCCUCCUAACAUAAUUUCAACAUGUAGUAAUAUUAUCCUUAUAUCCUUCAAAGCUCCUCUUCCAUUUUAUUUUACUUAAAACAGUUGAUAAUUUUCUUAAACAAAUACACAAGACCCUCUGAAUUAUUCAGUAUAUCAAAGCACCAAGUAACGGGGGGGGGGGGGGGGGGGGGGGGGGGGGGGGCGAGGAGACUUGGAAGCAAGAAGGAUUCUAAGUUGUGUGGAAACUUUCCAAGAUAACUGAGAGAGAGAAUAAGAAGUUCUGCUUUGUAAGAAUCCACAAAAAUAUUGAUAGAGUCUAUUUGCUCUAUGAAACUUUAAUUCUGUUUGUGCUCCUGGUCUGUUCUUGAAUCCUGUUUGCUUCAGAAGAAGGGCAUAUAGGGUUUCUAGAAAUUUCAAAAAGGAGUCCAGUAUUGUGGACUUUAUAUAAAUUAUGCAUUACAAAGGGUAGACACAAAUACCUUAGUCAACAUUCUGUGAGCAUGAAAAAAGAAUGAUAAUGGUGUUCUUAUGAGAAUAAUAACAGUGGGAUGCAUACAACCUUAAGGAGAAACCAGGGAAAUGGUGCUGCAAAGGAAGUUAGCUAUUUUACCUUAAUUGUAAGAGUAAUUAAUGACCAGGGGUCAGAGUUACUAAUCAACCAACCUGAUGGUACAUGCCAUCUAUUGGCUUGUUUGUGAAUGGUUGAGACCUUAAGGUACACUAACAAAUAGAAAGAUAAAAGUUAACGGUAAAGGGCAAUUGAGCACAAAUGUUUUUCUGUAAGGUUUCUAGGGUGUUUCUAGGUAUCACAAAUGUAUAAUCUAGAGAGGUGCUGUCUACUAUUAUGUCUACUGGCCAACUAUGGCUAGUGAUUUUUAGAUUAAAUACAAUUUAUAUUCAAUCUUCUGGUCACAUUUAAAGUGACCCAUAGCUGUAUUUGGCUCAUGGCUACCAUUGUGGGCUACACACAUUUCUAAUUUUGCAGAAAAUUUUACUAUAAAUUACUAUAAUGUUUCAAUUGAACUACUUGUUCUUGAAGGAAAUAGAGGAAGGAAGGAAGGAAGGAAGGAAGGAAGGAAGGAAGGAAGGAAGGAAGGAAGGAAGGAAGGAAGGAAGGAAGGAAGGAAAUAUGAUAUCUCUUAGACACAUUCAAACAUAUUUUUUGUGAUAUGAAAGAAGCCUCAUAGAGAAAUGAAAAGAAUAGUAGUUGACAUGGCUCUGUGUCUUCAUAGUGUUUUCUUGGAAAAAUCACUUCAAUCUCCAUGAGUCUCAAUUUUCAAGUUGGAAAAUAAAUUAAAUAUGUUAUCCCAUCUUUUUUGCAAGAUUGUUUUGCAGACUGAUUAUACAGAUGUAAAGACUUUCAAAACCAUUCAUCAAUGCAAUCUUUAAAGCACAUCUGUAGGACCAGCACCAAAUUGCACACAAAGUAAGAAUAGUCCAUCAUUCCAAAAAGCAACUAAAGACAAUCAAGGCAAUACAUUCUUGAGAAAGUGUCAAAGCUCAUAGCAAAACUGCUUGAAUUUUUUUGUCCAUUUUUUUGUUUUGUUUUGGUUCAUGUUUUUUUUUCCUAGCUCUUUUUCUUAUUUGCCCAGUUGCUGUGUCUCCUCCAACUGCCUGGACUCUUUCUUAUGUGGAAUCACUUGGUGCCUCUUAUUUUUCUGCCUUUAUUCAUGCUUUACAUUUUACAAUAAUAAGAAUCUGAGGAUCUUAUCAGAGGCUCUUUUGAAAACAAACAAAUGGUACUGCAAAUAUUAGCUAUCUCAUAUUUAUUUUAUUUCUAUUACAAAUGUAAGGAGCUAUGAAGUUAAAAUAUAAAUAUGAUGGAGACUUGCUUUUUAAUGUAAAUUCUGCAAAUAAAGACUUUAUAAAAGGAAUAAAAUUACCUUAAAAUACUCAUGUUCAUAUAAUAUAUAAUGUGAGAAGGCAUCUCAUACAACCUGUUCAUUUUACUGAUAAGAAAACCAAGGCUUAAAUACAAACAAUAGUUCUCACUAUUGUCAAAGUGGGUUUUGAAUUUAAAAUUCUCAAUUGGUCUUUUUUGUUUCAAUUGUUAUUGCUUGCAUUUCUUGUAAGCAGUUAAGACAACCAAACAGGUUAAAGUCAUAAUCCAUGACAAAACCAACUUUAUUUGCUCUCUAUAUCAUAUACUGUAGUAUGAAACAACCUUCAUGUAUCCUGUUACUAUCUUAAAAACGCUGUUAUUCUAUUUCAAAUUCCAUCUCUUGUAGGGUCCUUAUGUGUUCCCUCUCCCACCUUCUCAGCUGUGGUCAUCAGGUUAGCAAUGCUAUUUAUCUUUGUCAUUUAACUGUUCUUCUGCCUUUGUUUCAUUUCUAUUCAAUUGUAUUUGAAAACUAAUACUGUUUAUUGAAAAAUUUCUACAACAUAGAUGAUCAGUUUUUACUUGUUCAUGAAAACCAUUUGGAAACUUGUGUCCCAAGAAGGUCUUAUGGGGAAAUAUUCUGAGAUUAGAGGUAUUACCUAUGAUAUACUCAUAUUAUUGUGUUUUUAUAAAGCACUUUACAUUUUACAGAGUAUUUUGAUUCAUCUUUUCACUUGUUCAUUCAUUGAACCACACAAUUAACUUUACUAUAUGUUAAGCACCUACUAGAAGUUACUCUGGAGAUCUUGUGGUAUAGGAAAACAAAUUGUGUGUGUGUGUGUGUGUGUGUGUGUGUGUGUGUGUGUGUGUGUGUGUGUGUGUGUAAACAGUUUAGUUGGCUGGAGAGAUGGCUCAGUGGUUAAGAGCACUUGCUACUCUUUCAGAAGACCAGAGUUUGGUCCACAGUACCCAGAGUGUUUACAGCUAUCUGUAACUCAAGCUCUAGAGGAGCUUACAUCCUUUUCUGUUCUCUAUAAGCACUUGCACACACACACACACACACACACACACAGAGAGAGAGAGAGAGAGAGAGAGAGAGAGAGAGAGAGAGAGAGAGAAUUUAAAUAUUAACAAAUAUAAAUGAAAAGUUCAAGGAACUAAAUAUAACAAUACAAUCACAACUUUGCAAAUAGGAAAAGUAUUAAUUUAUCAAUUUUUAAUUCAAAGAACUAUUGUUCUUUUUCAAAUAAGCUGACAACUUCAUGGAUAUGAAGGAAAAAAAUCUCAAAGGUGUCCUGGUCCAGGAAAAGUUUUCCAUUCACUUGAACUCUUGUUGAGUGGAAGUUUUCAUCUCUUGCGUGGAUACUUCUGAUGCUGGUUUUAAAUGAUGAGCAUCAUUGGUUUUAAACCCUAGAAGCCACAAGUGCUUUCAAAAGGCUUCAGGUACCCUUUGGGUGUGCUGCAGCUGUUCUGUAAGAAGACAGACAUCAUUUCCUCAACUCAACACUGUUGACAUUUGAGAUCUCUAAGUCUCUGUGGAAUGUUUAGUAAGUGGUUCUAAAUUUUGUAGGGCUUUUGGCCAACUUCGAGGCUUUUAUUGAUUAUCCAGCAGCACCCACAUCCCUUCAAACAAAAGAUAUGUGUAGAGACAUCAUUAGUGUUCCCAGGGUGGAGAAAAGGGAGAGGUUAGCCAAAGCAUCCCCUGGCAAAAUCACUGUAUGGCCUUGUAAGUAAUUUUUGUCAGGAGUCAGGACCCAGCACGUGGUGGACACUAUAAUUCAAGCCCAUGAGAGGAUGAGGCAGAAUUGCAAGUCUGUGGUGAUGAGAGAGAGAGAGAGAGAGAGAGAGAGAGAGAGAGAGAGAGAGAGAGAAUAAAAUAAUUUCCCCUUUUGCUUAUUAAUCUCUAUCAUAUGUAGAUUUUUAUUCAUAACAAAGCUUGGAAUCUCACACUUCAAAGUACAAAAGCAACACAUUGUUCAAAAACAACACAACAUCACUUUUAUCUAGUAUUCCAUCUUUUGAUCUAACAAUUAUUUAGAGGAUUUAAUUAUAUUAAGAGGAGAUGAGAAGAUAGGAUGUAUUUGGAAACUUGAAAUUUGAUUGUUGGAUCAUCAGCCACCAGGUUGUCAAGCAAUGACACCUUGCAGCCAUAUCCCUGAGGCAACAAUCUGUACUCAGUAGAGGGCCAUGACCUUGAAGUCACACAGCUGGAGUAUCUCAGAAACUUUGGUCGUUUUCCUCAUCUACAAAUUGGAGCCUCACACUGUGCAUGGAAGUUGAAGCUGUUUGCAUCUAAUUUUAAGAAUGACUGGAUGGCCUUUCUAUUUUUAAUUCCUGAAUGUUUUGCUGUUCAUACCAUCAGAAUAUUCUCUCCUGCCACCUAAUCAACUAUAUGUUUAAAGCAAUAGUGUUGAUAUGGAGGGCUUUGUAUUGUCCUAUGAAAAUUACAAUGCCCCCAGAAAUUUAAAAUUGAAAACUUUAGACUCGAAAAGCUUAAGUAUUUCAAACCAGUGUGUACUCCUUCAAUGUGCCUGAUGUUCAUUUCCCUUUGUACUCCUUCAAUGUGCCUGAUGUUCAUUUCCCUAAGGACCAGCAGCUUCCAGUGUACAACUGUCUAUACAGUCAAUUUGUACUCGUGUAUAUUUUGCAGCAUUUGGAAAAUUUGCUGAAGUUACAUGAAGACUGUCCUUUAUGAAUAUUUUAGAAACAUAACAAACUAAAUUUGGAAUA